AUGGAAACCGUAGAGGCCGGCGGCCGCUCCCUUAGCUUCGGGCCCGGCAUGCCGCCUCACCAACGAAGAAGCCAGCUACUGGGCUACGUAUACUCGUCCCCUCUUGUGAGCCGGGGAGAGGAUGGCCGGAGAGAGAGGAUGGACCAGCUGGGCACAUCUGAGGUAGGGCAGAGAGAUAAACUGGUCUUGUACCCUUUGCUGCUAAAGUUAAAGUGCGUUGCAGCGCACAUGCUGGCAAAGUCCACCUUUGCGUGCUGUGGGUGA